CCCCGCGCCCCGGCCCUGAGCCGCGCCACUGCAGCGCCCGCCCACCGCCGCCGGCGGGGCCAUGCGGAGAGCCACCAGGAUGGAGGACUUCGCAGAGGAAGAGGAGCCCUGGUACGACCAGCAGGAUCUGGAGCAGGACUUGCACCUGGCCGCAGAGCUGGGGAAGACCCUGCUGGAGAGGAACAAGGAACUGGAGGAGUCCCUGCAGCAGAUGUACUCCACCAACGAGGAGCAAGUGCAGGAGAUCGAGUACCUGACCAAGCAGCUGGACACACUGCGGCACGUGAACGAGCAGCACGCCAAAGUGUAUGAGCAGCUGGACCUGACAGCCCGGGACCUGGAGCUGACCAACCAGAGGCUGGUGCUGGAUAGUAAGGCCGCCCAGCAGAAGAUCCAUGGGUUGACAGAGACCAUCGAGCGCCUGCAGGCCCAGGUGGAGGAGCUGCAGGCCCAGGUAGAACAGCUGCGCGACCUGGAGCAGCUGCGCGUGCGCCGGGAGAAGCGGGAACGCAGGCGCACCAUCCACACCUUCCCCUGCCUCAAGGAGCUGUGCACCAGCCCGCGGUGCGAGGAUGCCUUUCGCCUGCACAGCUCCUCCCUGGAGCUGGGCCCUCGGCCCCUGGAGCAGGAGAACGAGAGGCUGCAGACCUUGGUGGGAGUGCUGCGUUCCCAGGUGAGCCAGGAGCGGCAGCGCAAGGAGCGGGCAGAGCGCGAGUACACUGCGGUGCUGCAGGAGUACACGGAGCUGGAGCGGCAGCUGUGUGAGAUGGAGGGCUGCCGCCUGCGCGUGCAGGAGCUGGAGGCCGAGCUGCUGGAGCUGCAGCAGAUGAAGCAAGCCAAGACCUACCUGCUGGGCCGGGAUGACCACCUGGCUGAGGCCCUGCUGGCACCCCUCACCCAGGCCCCUGAAUCUGACGAUCCCCAGCCGGGCAUCGGAGAUGACUCUGGUGCCCAGGACGGUGUCUCCUCACCUGCUGCCUCCCCCGGCCACGCGGUGCGUAAGAGCUGCAGCGACACGGCUCUCAAUGCCAUGGUGGCCAAAGACCCAGCCAGCAGGCACGCAGGCAACCUCACGCUGCACGCCAACAGCGUGCGCCGGCGGGGCAUGUCCAUCCUGCGGGAGGUGGAUGAGCAGUACCACGCGCUGCUGGAGAAGUACGAAGAGCUGCUGAGCAAGUGCCGGCAGCACGGGGCUGGUGUGCGGCACACAGGCGUGCAGACCUCGCGGCCCAUCUCCCGGGACAGCUCAUGGAGGGACCUGCGGGGGGGCGAGGAGGGCCAGGGGGAGGCUAAGGCAGGUGAGAAGAGCCUGAGCCAGCAUGUGGAGGCCGUGGACAAGCGGCUGGAGCAGAGCCAGCCCGAGUACAAGGCACUCUUCAAAGAGAUCUUCGCCAGGAUCCAGAAGACCAAGGCCGACAUCAACUCCACCAAAGUUAAGACACACAGCAGCAAGUGACCCUUCUCUGGCCUGCGGCUUCCCCCGGGCUCCAGGCCAUGGGGUCCCUCAUGCCUGGACUACAUAGCCUACAGUGAGUAAGAGAGCCCUUUAGCAGCAAUAUAUCACAGCAGGUGGCCACUCCAGAGGGCCAGAGGAAAGGGGCCCCUCUGAUCUGGGAACACUGCAUGUUCCCCGUUGAUGGAACAGCCAACUCCUGCAGGUUCUUGGCCACCAGCUUCAGCCUGAACUCAGUUUCAAAGCCAAACAUUCCCCUCUCCACUGGGGUUUCCCCAGCUCCACUGGCCCUGGCUUCCAGACCCUGGGCCUCACUCUUAGAUCUAUGGCCCAGUUUCUGAAAGCCAUUCCGGAUCAGUUGGCUUCCCCACCCCCAAAGUUCAGUUUUUCUGAGAGAUUUGCAAUGCAAGGUCGCCUUGACCCCUUGCCACAACUGGAAACACUUGAAAGGGGACCCCCAGAGCCAGCUAUUGCUGGUUUCUGGGGUCUCCUGGACCACCCACUGCUUCUCGCCAGCCGUGACUCGCUGUCAUUCCCUUAGCACCAGCUGUCCCUACCCCCAGAGUCCUGAGCAGGUCACAGAUAGCCCCUGCCUUGCAGAGCAGAAAGGCUCAGCCAGGUCCUGAGUGUCCCCCACUCCAGCCCUGGCAAGGACCCCUUGCCCAUCGCAGAACUGUAGCCAAUCAGAAGAGGGGAAGAGGGAGCCCCUCAACAGCCAUACAUGAGUGGUACCCUGUUUCCCUCAGCCAGCCUCCUUGAGCUCUAGCCCCAGAAAUGCCUUCUGGGCAUUCAGCCUUCCAGGGGCCGGAUGGUGGAGAGCCCAUGUCUGUAUAUCGCCUCUGCCUCCCUUCUCUGCACCUGCCCCAUCUCAGGGACCAUGAUGUCUCAUUCACUCCACGCUCCCCACAGGCCAGCCUGGCACAGGUCAUACCUGCUGCCCCCAGAAUGUCCUGGACACGGGCCACCAGUGGCCCCAGUGUCCAUCCCCAUUCCCCUUCACCCGAGACUCUCACCGCACAUGAAGUCGUACUGAACUGGGUCGGGGAUGAGGAAUGAUUUCCCGCCCUCCCACCUGCAAAAUGCCUGCUCUUUACCUCCCAACUUUGUGGAGGGUGUUUGAAGCCCCAGCUGGGUCAGAGGUUCAAUCUUUUGGUUUAAGACUUCAGAGUCUUAGUCAAGUUUCAGCUAAGAGAUGCCCAGGUCCCCAGCUUGUCCUCGGCAGUCCUUCAGGGUUUCUUGUUCUUUAGUCAUCCUCCUGAGACCCUAGAAAUUGAAGGAGCCAUACAAUCCAGUGGAAGGCGGUGGCUCUGGCUUCUGUGCUGGGAGCCCAGAGGGAACCUUCAUGCCUUAUUUAUUUCUAAUGGGUAAAGGGGUUUCUUAACAAGCAUACCUGAUAUCCCUCGGGAUGCCACCUUGCUCUGGGCGGCACUGUGAUGUGAGCUGGCGGCUGGGUCUUCUGUUUGUGCAACUUGGAACCUUUUGUCUUUUGGGGCUGGGCAGUUCCUAGCCCUCCGUAUGUCUCUGUCAUCUGGGGGAAGGGGUAAGCUCUGGCCUGUUUGCUCCCCAGCUCUGUAGCCGCCGACCAGCGUCUCCUUUGAAGUAUACGUGAGAGAAAUAUAUUUACAAAUGCUUUAUUCUCUUCUUUAAUAAAAAAUGCACCAGUAUUCUAAAAAGCA